CUCAAUAUAGAUUUGUUUACGUUGUUAUGAAGAAAUAUAUAAAGUAUAUGCAAGCUCAAGGUGAUUUCAAUUCCAAGGAAUGGCGAGAAUAGACAAGUCAGAGUUGUCUUACAGGACCUCAUUAUUUAUCAACUCAUCACUGGAUUUAGUUCAUGAAGAGCCUUCACUUGCGCUUGCAUCGAGAAUGUUGUUUUGGAUAUUAUCCAUCACUGGAUUAUUUGCCAACUUCGUCGUAGUUUAUGUCAUUAUCAAAUACCGGAAAACACAUCUUCAGAUUCCUUCUAACAGUUUACUGCUCAGUUUAGCUAUUACUGACAUAGCAUGUGUUUGUAUAUUUAUUGCUAUUCGGUGUGCUCACGUAGCCAUGGAACAGGAUGAUGAUACCAUUGCCAUACUUGUGUCCUCAGAUUCAUUAUUGGCAUCCUGUGAAGUUGUUUUGAGCAAUUGGACGGUGACAGCCAUCGCAAUUUUUAAUUUUUUGAGCGUUGUAUAUCCUGUUAAAUUUCGUAUAUUUGCAACUAGAAAAAAAGUCACUACAAUUGUGGUGUGUAUUUGGCUACUUUCGACAAGUGUGUCAAUUCCAGUCAUAUUUUUCCCACGACUGAAAACCUUUGUUAUAAAUCAUGAACAUUCAGUAGUGGAAGAUAUUUGUAUUUAUUAUAUAAUCAUUUUGGAUUUACUCUCAAAUGUGCCCCCUGUUCUCGCAAUUGUUAUAUUAUAUCCCAUAAUGUUGUAUAAACUUAUAAUGAAGCACAAGCAGCACGAUAGAAGUGAUUCUUUUCGGAAAAAAAUGUGCAAUUCUAUUAAGCACAUUUCAUUUACAUAUGUAUUAUUUCUCAUGUACGCAUUCUUUAACCUGGCCAUUACUUUGACACUUUUCAUUUUUCUCGCUACUGAUCAAUUAAGUGAAAUACCCAUUCCGGAAUCAGCCAAACGAUUGUUAAGAUUCAUGGCAUUCAUGGAGCCUUCUAUAGUUUUUCACACUGUAUUAAAUCCGUUCCUUCACGCCCUUUUGACUGAAAAUUUUAAAAAAUAUUAUAUUCCAUCCUGUUGGAAAACUAAGGGAAGUGUAUCAAUUACUAAUACAUAGUAAGUUUGUAAAUGAUGUUGGAACAUCUUAAAUUAUCCUCUAGCUGAAAGGAGUGUUCUCAUUUAUUUACUUGAACUUUAUCCUCGCCACUUUAACCAGUGUGGGAAGAAGCAAAAAUACAAAGUUUAUCUCGGUUUCAUAUCCUUCACUAUAUGCCGACGAAGUUGUAGACAGUUUUUCAAUUCGAUAAAGUUUCUGAUAAGUGGGCGUAAAAAUGAGAGAAAACGUGCAAACUUUCAUAUAUAUAUAUACUGUAGGCCUAUUAGAUAUUUUUUUUUGUAGCGUGGUGAUAUUGAUUGAAUUGAUAUUCACUUUCUUAAUUUCUCAGCUUAUAACUAUCAUCAUCAAGCUGUUACGUUUACAUAAUAUAUGUUUAUGUUUACAUAUAAACAGUCGUGGAACGAUCUAUACAAAAUAAUGCCACUUCUAUAACUAAAGUGCCAUAGGCGUAAGGUACUAUUCCACGAUGUACAAUUAUGUAUAUAUAUGUGCAUAGAAUGUGAAUGUUCAACAUUGCUCCAAUCUUAGCAAAAUACGCCUUUAAUAGUGUAAGGCAGUGAUUCCAAACCCUUUUCGUUUAGUUCAGGGGUCGGCAAACUGCGGCCCACGAACUAAUUUUUUGCGUUCUUCGAACGUCCCGACUUUAAAUGCAGGAUACAAGAAUUGAUUAUGAAUUUAUCGUUGCCUCGGCAUGGCGGUAACGAAUGAAGCUGUAUGGCGCUUUUCUGCAGCGUCAGUUCUGAGUUGUAUGUCGUUUACUUGAUGUUGGUUGUAAUUUUAAAAUAAGUUUAUUUUGAUUUUUGAAAUAUAAAAAUGGAAAUUUUUGCCCUCCGUGUACGGAGGAAAGUUCGCGUUGAAGGUCGAACAUUCCGAAAUGCUUGGACGGAAAAUAUUUUUAUUUUUUGCGCAUUUCAAAACCGGUUUGCUGGAUAUGCCUAGUCAGCAUCGUAUAUAUUAAGGGAUCCAAUGUUAAACGUCAUUACAGAACGUGUCACUGC